GGCGCCAUGUGACCCCUCCCCCCCUCCGCUCCGCUCGCUUCAUCACACCCCCAUGUGCCCGCUCUGAAUGCCACUGCUGAUUCACGCGCCACCCCCUUCUCCCUCACCCUCCUCCGUGAUCCCUGCGACCCUGCCUGCCUGCCUCUUCCAAACCACAUCGCGAUCGGACGCAGCGUGUCUCACCUCGAGACACCAAGCAUGAUCCCUCGCAGCGCGGCGGUGUGCGCGCUGCUGCUGCUGCUUGGGCUGCAGCUCGCGGCCUCGCAGCAGGAGGGCGACGUGUGGGAGCAGUACGCGGCCUCGUUCGCCUCGCGCUUCGACGCGCCGCCGUCCUGGACCUUCCCCAACCCGCGCCUCCGCGCCGCGUACGCCGCGCUGCAGGCGUGGAAGCGCACCGCCAUCUUCUCCGACCCCUCCAACUUCACCGCCAACUGGGUGGGCCCCAACGUCUGCGCCUACAACGGCAUCUACUGUGCCCCGCUCCCUGGCGCCGGCGGGUACGGGCACGGGCACGGCGACGUCGUGGUGGCCGGCAUUGACCUCAACCACGCCGACAUCGCUGGGUACCUGCCGGCGUCGCUCCCGCUAGGCCUCCCCGACCUGGCACUCAUCCACCUCAACUCCAACCGCUUCUGCGGCGUCGUGCCGGACACAUUCCGCCACCUGCGCCUGCUCCACGAGCUCGACCUCAGCAACAACCGCUUCGUCGGCAUGUUCCCGGAGGUGGUCCUCGCGCUGCCGUCGCUCAAGUAUCUCGACCUCAGGUUCAACGACUUCGAGGGAUCCAUCCCGCCGGUUCUCUUCGACCGCCCGCUCGACGCCAUCUUCGUCAACUCCAACCGACUCCGCAACCCGAUACCGGCCAACCUCGGCAACUCGCCCGCCUCCGUCGUCGUGCUCGCGCACAAUAAGCUGGGAGGGUGCAUCCCGCCGUCCAUCGGGAAGAUGGCCGAAACGCUGAACGAGAUCGUGCUCAUCGCCGACGAGCUCAUUGGAUGCAUCCCGCCGCAGGUGGGGCUGCUGAAGAAGGUGACCGUGUUCGACGUCAGCGACAACCACCUGCAGGGCCAGCUCCCGGCGACCAUUGGUGGUAUGGCCGUUGUGGAGGAGCUCGACAUCGCCAGGAACCACUUCGAGGGCGCCGUGCCGGCCGGCGUCUGCGGCCUGGCGAGCCUCAAGAACUUCACAUACACGGACAACUUCAUCACCUCGCGCCCGGGCUGCGCGAAGGCCACCGCCGACGGCGCGUGGAACUGCAUCCCCGGCGCGCCGGCCCAGCGCCCGCCGUCGCAGUGCGCGGCCGCGGCGGCGCACCCGUUCGACUGCAGCAAGGCGCAAUGCCAGGCCGCGGCGUACACACCAACGCCGGGCGGUGGCAGUGGCUCAAACGGUGGACGGCGAGGGGGCGGCCAGCGGCCACCCACGCCGGUGGGAUCGCCUCCGAGAGGCACAGUUGCCGGGAACCCACCGCCUCCGGCUUCGAGCUAUCCUACUCCGUCCUACCCGUCACCGCCGUCGAGCGCCACCACUCCAUCGUACCACUCACCGCCCAAGGGCUCUUCCACUCCGUCGUACCCCUCGCCAUCCACCACCCCGUCCUACCCAUCGCCGCCUCAGGGCUCGAGCACUCCUUCCUAUCCAUCGCCCCCGUCGAGCGCCACCACCCCGUCGUACCACUCACCGCCUCAGGGAUCCACCACUCCAUCCUACCCAUCGCCCCCGUCGAGCGCCACCACCCCUUCGUACCACUCGCCGCCUCAGGGAUCCACCACUCCAUCCUACCCGUCGCCGCCGUCGAGCGGCACUACCCCGUCCUACCACUCGCCACCUCAGGGGUCACCCACCACGCCGUCAUACCCGUCCCCACCAAAGGGCUCUUCCACGCCGUCAUACCCGUCACCUCCAUCAAGCUCCAGCACGCCGUCCUACCACUCGCCGCCGCAGAGCACCCCGACCCCGUCCUACCCGUCACCUCCUUCCGGCUCCACAACUCCCGUAACACACGCGCCGCCCCCGCCGACCUCGGCCGACAAGCCGGACGUGCGGUACGCACCGCCGCCAGGCUCGUACGGCCCCAGCCCGUCAACUCCUCCGUCGACGCCGUCCCACGACUCGGGCUACCAGCCGCCGUUCUCCGGUCAUCCCACGCCGUCGCCACCCACAGAGCACUCCGGCUACGUCCUGCCACCGCAAGCCCCGGGGAUCCCUUCCUCGCCCCCGUCACACCCCACCACCCCCUCGGGGCCGGGCUUCCACCCGCCCACGACGCCAGCAACGCCGUCUUCGCCGCCGAAGCACUGCUCGCCGCCUUCUCAGGGAGGAAGCACCGGCACCGGUGGUGACCACGGGCACCAACCCGGGGGGAAGCUGCCGUUUCCGCCUGUCUACGGCGUGUCGUACGCGUCGCCGCCACCGCCAGGGAAGCCGUACAACUAGUUCUUGAUCAUCGCCGCCGCGCCGGAGCGGCCGUCCAGCCACGACCACAGCAUUCAUCACCAGUAUAAUACUUCUCCAUCCCUGUAGUAUUUUUGCCUUUUGUUCUUUCUUCUUUUUCUUUGAUGAGUAUCCACAUUGAAUCAAAGAGUUGCAAUGUAUUAAUUCUUUUUCUUCCCCCUCCCUCUCCUCACCGAAUUUAUCAAUUAUUUUGGAGAUGUAAUUUUGUGCUUA